CCUACUGCCUAGUGUAGUGUAUUAAUUCGAGUUGUUGGCUUUGCUUCCCCUUUCUCGUGGCGCGCAGAUUCAUCGCGGUUUCGCAGUUUCCCCCGCCAACCCAUUCCCGCUCCCCGCCGCGCCGCGCCUCGCCACGCCACGCCACACCGCGCCACGCCAUGCCGCCGCCGCCGCCGGAGUCCGGCGAGCCAGCCGGGGACGACGUCCUGCAGAAGGCGGAGUGCCUCCGGCUGCUUGACGCGCUCCCGGCCGCCGCGGCGGCCUCCCCGGCCUUCCGCCGCCACUGGCCAUCCAUCUCGGCGUCGCUCGCCGCGCUCUCGGCGUCGCUGUCCCACCCCGCGUUCCCGCCCUCCGCGCCGCGCCUCCUGGCGCCCCUCGCCUCCGCGCUCUCCGCGCUCGUGUCCGUCGCCGGGAACGACGCCGCGAGCAGCCUCGGGCACCUCCACACCGUGUCGCUGCUGUCGUCGUCGGCUGCCGAGCUGUCCCAGCUCGCCGCCGACGCGCGGCUGCUCGUGUCGCCGGGGAAUGGUGGGGGUGAGGGGGUGGCGGCGGGGGUGGAUGGGCUGAUCCCGCGACUCCGCCUCGGGUCCGCGGCUUCCCGCGCGGCGGCGCUGGACGCGCUCGUUGACUCCGUCGGGUCGCUGCCGCCGUCGGCGGCGGCGGUGGCGGUGUCCGCCGUGGCCGCGAUGCUCGACUCGGGGGAGAUCCUGCCGGCGUCGCGCGAGAAGGCCGUGUCCGUGCUCGCCGCGGCGCAGGCCGCGGCCGCGGGCGUGCUCCGCAACCUCGCCGCGUUCCCGGACCUCCUCCCGACGUUCCGCGAGGAGGGCGCGCUCCCGUCGCUCAUCCAGCUCGUCUCCCUCGGCACCCCGCGCGCGCAGGAGCUCGCCCUGGGCUGCCUCCAGAACCUCACCUCCGGCGACGGCGACGAGUGCCAGCGCCUCAAGGUCGAGGCGUUCCAGGACGGCGCGCUCGGCUGCGUCAAGGACUUCCUCGAGUCCUGCGUCGGCGACGAGCCGGGCCUCGCCCCGGCGUUCGGCCUCCUCCGCAACAUGGCAUCCUUCCGCUACAUCGCCGAGAUAGCCGUCUCGGCCAGCUUCGUCGACCACGUCCUCGCCGCGCUGGGCAGCGACAAGGCCGCCACGCGCACGGAGGCCGCCAUGGCGCUCGCCGAGCUCUGCAACGUCACCAGCCACGGCAAGACGCGCAGGGACGUCGGCGACGCCAUCCCGCGCCUCAUCUGGAUGCUCGAGGCCAAGCCCGCCGCCGAGAGGGACGCCGCGGCGAGGGCGCUCGCCGCGCUCGUCGCGGCGAGCGGCUACAGGAAGCUGUUCAAGAAGGAGGAGCAGGGCAUCGUCAAUGUCGUCCAGCUGCUCGACCCGAGCACCGCCCGCGGUGGCGUCGACGCGCGGUUCCCGGUGUCCGUGCUGCUCGCCGUCUCGCCGUCCCGGCGGUGCCGGAAGCAGAUGGUGGCCGCCGGCGCGUGCGGCUUCCUGCAGGCCCUCCUCGCCGCGGAGGUCGACGGUGCCAAGAAGCUCGCCGACUGCCUCGCCAGGGGCAAGAUGCUCGGCGUGUUCCCACGGUCAUGACACGGCUGCCGCCAUUGCCACCGAUCGGUGAAGAAUUUCAGAGCCCUUGUGAAGAUCAAAUCUUUGAGCUGUAUGUAUGUGCUUUUUAACCAACCUGAAUUUUUACAUCCUGCUUUUGCUCUCUGUAUCAAAAAAUAUGAUAUCAAUGCUUCUGAUGAAACUUUGUACAGGCUGCUUGAACCUUUCUGUUCCAUAGCUUUUAGAGUGCUAGAUGAUGCGUGGUUUUUAGUGUGAUCAAAUAAGAACAUGGAAAAAGAUCUUGUAAUUUAAUCUUUGAUCUGAAGAAAUUGAGCUUCGUUUGCCGAUGCGCAUUACUGUUGCUUGUCAAA